CAGCCUUGAAGAAUCGAAGCUUUACUACACUCUCAGACGUCUGCCACGAAAAUUGACGAUUGCCAAAAGCUUCAGAGAACCUUGAGUUCCCCGUCGCCAUCAUGAACAAAAUUCGCGCCAUUCAGGAGCUCAACAAAAAAGAGAUUGAACAUGGAAUCUCCCCCGAAGGCUCCUGGCACGUCGACUACCGCGACACGGCGUACAUCUACUUUGGCGGCCUCCCCUACGAAAUGUCCGAAGGCGAUGUGAUCACAAUUUUCUCCCAAUUCGGCGAGCCUGUGUGGCUCAAGCUCGCCCGCGACAAAGAGACGGGCAAAUCAAAAGGCUUCGGUUGGCUCAAGUACGAGGACCAGCGCAGUACCGAUCUGGCGGUCGACAACCUCGGCGGUGCGACAAUCGGCGGCAGCCGCAUGAUCAGCGUAGACCACGCGCGCUAUAAGUUCCGCGACGACGAGAACCCGGACGAGGGCAAGGUGGACUGGGCGACGGUCGUGAAGCAGGAAGGAGGCGACAAGACGGACGAGGGGUCAGACGAGGACGAAGAGGAGGAGCAACGGCCGAUGUUGCCUGAGGAGAGGGAGCUUGCGCUACUGAUUCGGGAUCAUGACGAGGACGACCCCAUGAAGGCUUUCUUGAUCGAGGAGAAGAAGGAGCAAAUCAAGGUAGCGCUGCGGCGGCGAGAUGACAAGUCUGAGAGGAGGAAGAAGUACAAGCAUCAUCAUCAUCGGUCGCACAGGUCGCGCAGGCACGACAGCGAUGAGGAGAUGAGGGACGCGGACCGCGACGAGGAUAGGCAUCGCAGCCGGAGGUCACGUCGUGAUGAUACUCCAGACGACAGAGAUCGCAGAGAUGGCGAGAGGAGUUCGCGACGCCACGGGCAUCGUGGUGAGGAUCGGGAUAGGGGAUCGAGAAGGGAUGAUGGGAGUCGGAGAGAGAGGGACCGGUCAAGAGAUAGACGUGAUCGAGAUCGGGACCGUGAUCCAGGCGAGGACGGCGAGAGGAGGAGAGAGCGCCGGCAUCGUGACCGCGAUGGCUCGGACGAACGCCAGCCUAAAAGACAUGGAGACCGUGAUGAUGAGCGGCGGCAUACAAGGCGAAGUAGAACUAGGAGCAAGUCACCUUAGUCUCGAAGAUGCCAUAAGCACUUAAUAACAGACUAAGCGAUGCUAUCGCUGAUACCCCUGAAUGCCUUGUUUGUCC